UUUUUUGGUUUUUCUUUGUUUUCUUUUUCUGUUGAGUAUUCUUUGUGCAAGCACUCAUUUUUAUAUGCCUCAGAAUCGGGUUGUUCAGGGCUUUUCUUUUCGAGGUUUUAAUCAUGUUCAGGUUAAUUUCCAUUAGCAAUUUUUUGGGUUUUUGCAGUUUUGUGGGGGUAAUCUUGUGGGGUUAGUAUUUGUUGUUUUUCUGUGAUUAAUGUUUCCAAUUGCAAUGGUUAAAUAAUUUUGAGAAAGGGUCUCGAUCGUUUUCUUUUAAAAGUUUUUCGAUUUCGAAAGAAUUAAUAAGGUUUGGAUUUUUCUGCUGUUCUAGUAUUAGAUACACAUUUUUUAAAAUUAAAUUGUGGUUAUUCAGGGAAUGGGAAGUUGUCUAUAAUAAUUUCAUUUUUCGGCAGUUGUAAUUUUUGUUUUUGUUGGUGGAUUUGUUGUUAUUGAAAUCGAAUUGAGACUUGAUGAAGAGUGAAGAUUUCUGCUUUCCUCACAUCCUUGUACAUUUUAUCUAUGGACUCGAGAAUCAUGGCGACAGCCACAAUGGCUACAGCAGCUGGUGCUGCUGCACUUUUGUAUUAUACAUUAAAUAAGAAACUACAAUCAAGUCCAACAACUGGUGAUGAGGAUGAAGAAAAUGGAAGGGAGAUACAAGUUCAUGCCCCACUAGGUAUUGAAAGAGUUUCUCAUAGACUUAUACAAGCUCCUGCGACCUGGCUAGAGACCAUUUCAACUCUUUCGGAGACCCUUAGAUUCACUUAUUCAGAAACUUUGGGGAAGUGGCCGAUUGGUGAUUUGGCUUUUGGCAUAAGCUUUCUCUUGAAAAGGCAGGGAAAUUUACAAGUUGGCCGUGUAUUUGGAGGUAGUGAUAGUAUACGGCUUAAAGGACCUGAAAUUGCUGCAGAUCUCAGAUAUCUUCUAUAUUUGCUCACUCUCUGUUGGCAUUUCUCAAAGAAACCAUUUCCUAAGUUUCUGGAAGAGACUGGCUAUUCUCAAGAAGACGUUAUCCUUCAAGAACCUAAAGCUGGAAUUUUGAAGCCAGCCUUCACUGUCUUGAUUGACCACAAAUUAAAAACUGUCCUAUUGCUGAUUCGUGGAACUCACAGUAUAAAGGACACUUUGACAGCUGUUACUGGAGCUGUUGUACCAUUCCAUCAUUCAGUGGUCUGUGAGGGAGGAGUCAUCAACCUAGUUCUAGGUUAUGCACAUGGUGGAAUGGUUGCAGCUGCUAGAUGGAUUGCAAAGCUUUCAACUCCUUGUCUUCUCACUUCGCUUGCUAAGCACCCUGAUUACAAACUUAAGAUCAUAGGACAUUCUCUUGGUGGCGGUACAGCUGCCCUUUUAACAUAUAUUUUGCGAGAAACACAUGAACUAUCAACUGCUACCUGUGUUGCGUUUGCUCCAGCUGCUUGUAUGACAUGGGAACUGGCCGAGUCUGGUAAUGACUGCAUUAUCUCUGUAAUAAAUGGAGCUGAUUUAGUGCCUACAUUCUCGGCUGCAUCAGUAGAUGAUUUGCGUGCUGAGGUAACAGCAUCUGCUUGGGUGAAUGAUCUGCGGAAUCAAAUCGAACGUACCAGAAUACUUAGUACAGUUUAUCGUUCUGCUUCAGCGUUGGGUUCUCGUCUUCCUUCCAUGGCAAGUGCUAAAGCCAAAGUAGCUGGUGCUGGUGCAAUCCUACGUCCAGUCUCCAAUAGUACGCAGGUCGUCAUGAAGAGAGCUCAGAGUAUGGCUCAAGCCGCUUGGUCCCGCCCGGCCCUCCGGUCAUGGUCUUGCAUAGGCCCUCGUCGCAGAGUUACAGCAGCUGAGAUGAGUUGCAAUGUAACUGAAGACCCUUCAGAGUCUUCCGUUUCUCAGAGAGACGCGUCAGAGGAGCCACUUAUCGAAACAAUUGAAGAAACAACCUCACUUGUUGAAAACUUGACCCUUCCCGUAUCUUCACCAGAUGGAAGAGACAAGCAUAAGAUUGACUUCACAAUUAAUACCGGAGUUGAAGAUUAUGACGAUAUCAUGGACCCUGAGAAGUUUCAAGAUCGGAUGACAGAGGUAGAGUUGUGGCAGCAAAUAGAGCGCGAGCUUUAUAAACACUCAGAAUCAGAUGAGGAACGUGAUAAUACAAUCAAAGAAAUCCGGGAAGAGGAGGAAGCCGCCAUCGCUGAGGUAAGUGACCCUCAAUCUCAAGCCUCAGUUCCUAACACGAUGGAGGUGCAUAGAUUUUUUCCCGCUGGCAAGAUAAUGCACAUAGUGACGCUAGUUUCUGAUGAGCCGGAACGAGAAAGAGAUGGUGAAGUUUCCUCCAGUGACUCGGACAGUAGCCCGGAGGAAAACACAGAAGUUGCAAUCUUUCUCACUCCGAGGUCACUAUAUAGUAAACUAAGGCUCUCACAGACCAUGAUUGCUGAGCACUUCAUGCCUGUAUAUAGACGAGAGAUGGAAAAGCUGAUAAGAGUACUUGAAAACGAAGGUGGGGGGUCGGAUACCCAUAGUCGAGUCGAAGAAGCUCGUUAGGGCAUCCGUUGCCGAACUCUCUUUUUAACACCACUAGGUAGGAAAAAUGUGCAUUUUGUAGGGAUGAUUCUUGGUUUCUUUGCUGCAAAAUAGCCACAUAUAGUUCUUUGUAUAGAACUCCAUGUGUUUGGCUGAAUGCAUUUGAUCUAUUUUGACUGCAUUUUCUGCCCUUUUUUAGUAGGCAAAUAAAUAGAAAGUUUCUGCCUCUUUUAUUA